GUCACAUGAAGACUUGUUCUCAGCCACUGCACGAAGACACGUUUGGUGGACAUCUGAAAGUUGGUUUAGCUCAGAUUGCUGCUAUGGAAAUCACACGGGGAAACCACAGAGACAACAAAGCUGUGAUCCGUUAUCUGCCUUGGCUUUACCAUCCUCCUUCUGCAAUGCAACAGGGGCCCAAAGAGUUCAUAGAAUGUGUGUCUCACAUUCGUUUGCUGUCCUGGCUACUUCUGGGGUCUCUGACACACAAUGUUGUCUGUCCGAAUUCUCCAUCAUCUUGCAUGCCUAUUCCACUGGAUGCGGGUUCACAGAUUGCUGACCACCUUAUUGUUAUUCUGAUUGGAUUUCCAGAGCAGUCAAAGACAUCUGUUCUGCACAUGUGUUCCCUCUUCCAUGCAUUUAUAUUUGCUCAGCUUUGGACAGUGUAUUGUGAACAAACAGCAGUAGCUCCGACAGUCCAGAAUCAGAACGAAUUUAGCUUUACAGCAAUCCUUACAGCCCUGGAGUUCUGGAGCCGAGUGACACCUAGCAUCCUACAGCUAAUGGCACAUAACAAAGUGAUGGUGGAAAUGGUGUGCCUGCAUGUGAUUAGUUUAAUGGAGGCCUUACAGGAAUGCAACUCUACAAUCUUUGUAAAGCUCAUACCAAUGUGGUUGCCAAUGAUACAGUCGAAUCUAAAGCAUUUGUCUGCUGGACUUCAGCUACGCCUCCAAGCCAUCCAGAGCAGUGUCAACCACCACAGCCUAAGGAUGUUACAGGGUUCAGGACAAAUGAACAAUAGCUCGUCUGUGCUCCGCAAAUGGCUACAGUGUACCCAGUUUAAAAUGGCUCAAGUGGAAAUCCAGUCAUCAGAAGCUGCAUCUCAAUUUUAUCCUUUAUGAUUCAUGUAAUUUGUUCCAAAUGUUCAUUUUUAGCCUAGCAAUAACAGGGUUAGAGCUGUAAAAGACCUUUUGUAUAAAUCAGUAUACAGAGUAUAUACUGUAUCUAUACUUUUUAGCCUAGGACAGAUUGUGGAAAAGCUUAUCAUGGGUGAAGCUAAGAACCUGAUCCUGCCAGUCUUUGAUUACACUUACUCCGGAUCAGCAGGUUCUCACGUCUGCAUUCAUGACCGUGUAGUUGCCGGGUUGGACUCACAUCUAUCACACUGUACAUAUCUCUCUGAUCAUUCAAAUACCUUGUUCUUAAAUGUUUCUUUACAUUAUUUUUGAAGCUAAGACAAAAAUC